CUCUCUAGCUUUGUAAACCCGUUUUCAAAAUAUGGGCUACGGUAGGCUCGGCAAUUCGACCGAAUCAGCUGGUGGCGGAUCCUCCGUCUUCAAACCCGAUAUUGAUCAAUUAGUACCCGCUUCCAGUACUAGUUCCUCCCUCGAUAUUGAUCAUCAUCGUAAUAUCAAACCGACCCGGGGAAGUUUCAAGAAACUACUCAUAUUCUCUAUUGUACUUAUUUUGGCCGCGGCUGUUUCCGCCGCCUUUGUGGUCGGGCUCCGUACCCGUGGAUCAUAUAAAUCGUUGCUAAAACAACCCACCCGAGCAAUAACCAUGGCCUGCAGUCGGACCCUCCACCCGGAACUAUGCGUAAAAUCUUUGUUGGAUUUCCCAGGUGCUAGUACCGCUAAUGAGAAAGAUCUCAUACACAUUACCGUUAACAUGACCCUCCAACGGUUCGACCGGGCCUUGUACGUUACCUCAGGUAUAGGGUUUGUUAACAUGGACCCGCACCUGCGGUCGGCGUACGACGAUUGUCUCGAGCUCCUGGAUGACGCCGUCGACCAUCUGUCGAAGUCUUUGUCAUACGUGGCAGGGGAUGGGACUGGGUCGACGCAUGACGUGAUGACGUGGCUUAGCUCGGCGCUGACGAAUCAGGACACGUGUACGGAUGGAUUGUCGGAGGUUAGUGGUUCGGUGAAGGAUCAAAUGGAGGUGAAAUUGAAGGAUUUGUCGGAGUUGGUAUCGAAUUGUUUGGCGAUAUACGCGGCUGCAAUCGGGUCGGAUGACUUUGCCGGAGUUCCUAUACAGAACCGCCGGCGCCGGCGGAUACUUGAAGAUGCAAGAUCAGGUGAUGAUGAUCAGAGGUUGUUUCCGAGUUGGGUGGGAAAGAGAGAAAGGUAUUUGUUAGACGCGCCGGUGGCGGGAAUCCAGGCUGAUAUAGUUGUGUCAAAAGACGGGAAUGGGACUGUUAAGACAAUAGAGGAGGCGAUCAAGAAGGCGCCGGAGUCAAGCAGCCGGAGGACAAUCAUUUACGUCAAGGCCGGGAGGUAUGAAGAGAACAACUUGAAAGUUGGGAGAAAGAAGAAAAACUUGAUGUUUAUUGGGGACGGGAAGGGUAAAACUGUCAUUACAGGAGGGAACAGUGUUUUCGACAAGAUGACAACCUUUCACACUGCCUCUUUCGCUGCCACCGGUGAGGGAUUCAUUGCUCGUGACAUUACAUUCGAGAAUUACGCGGGUCCUGGCAAACACCAAGCCGUUGCACUUCGCAUAGGUGCUGACCAUGCCGUGGUAUACCGAAGUAGUGUCAUCGGUUAUCAAGACACCCUUUACGUACAUUCCAACCGUCAAUUCUUCAGAGAAUGCGAUGUUUAUGGCACCGUGGAUUUUAUAUUUGGCAAUGCAGCUGUCGUUUUUCAAAACUGUAGUUUGUAUGCUAGAAAGCCGAUGAACUCCCAAAAGGUUACUAUCACGGCUCAGAAUAGAAAGGACCCGAACCAGAACACGGGCAUAUCGAUCCACGCUUGUAGAAUCCUGGCAACCUCGGAUCUCGAGGCUUCCAAGGGAAGCUUCCCCACGUUUUUGGGGCGUCCUUGGAAAUUGUAUUCACGGACGGUGUAUAUGCAAUCCUACAUUGGGGAUCACGUUCAUCCGAGGGGAUGGCUUGAGUGGAACGCUACGUUUGCACUUGACACGUUGUAUUAUGGAGAGUACGCCAACACGGGACCAGGCUCUGCCUUGGGUGGGCGUGUCAAGUGGCCCGGUUAUGUGGUCAUCACAACCACUGCCGAAGCGAGCAAGUUCACGGUGGGGCAGUUUAUAUAUGGAUCAGCUUGGUUGCCGUCCACAGGAGUGGCCUUCUUGGCCGGGCUUUCGGUUUAACUAAUAUUAUAAUUGGGUUAUUCAUAAGGAAACAAUAAAUAUAUAUAUAUAUAUAUAGCUAGGGUUUAAAACCAUGCAUGAUCAAGUUGUUUGUAUGUAAUCCUUAUAAGUUUUAUAAGCUUUGGAAACAUGAAUUUGUUAAGAAAAACAACUAUUAUUUUGUAUUAACGAGAAGAGGAAAGGAAGAAGGGGUUAAUUUAAUCA